AUCCCCAUCAUUAAUUGACUGAUUGCACCAAAAAUCGACUAAUAUGACAAAGUUAAGAGUGGCAUACAUCCCAGAGCAUUUUUCAACCCCUUUGUUCUUUGCUGAGCAACAGAAAUAUUACGCCUCCAAGGGUUUGGAGAUUGAAUUCGUUCAAGUUCUCGAAGGCACUGGCAGACUUGUCAAGAUGCUCAAUGCCAAGGAAGUUGAUUUGGCCAUUGGUUUGACCGAGGGUUUUGUUGCCGACAUCGGGAAUGGAAACGACGCAUACAAGAUAGUUGACACAUACGUCACGUCGCCGUUAUGUUGGGCAGUCAGCACCGGUGCGGAACGUGAAGAUAUCACCAAGUUGGAAGACUUGCAGGGCAAAAAGAUUGGGGUGUCACGGAUCGGAUCGGGCUCAUAUAUCAUGAGUUUUGUGUUGGGCCACCAAUUGGCGUUUGCAGAACCUUUCUUCUCCGGGUACCCCACCCGGUCCACUUUCAAGAACUUGAGAGACUCUGUGAAUUUGGUUGGGGACAACGUUGAAGACCAUAGUGACGCCUUUAUGUGGGAACACUUCACAUCCAAGAAGUACUACGACAGCAAGGAGAUCAAGAAGAUUGGUGAGAUUUACACCCCAUGGCCGUCAUGGGUGGUUACUGCUCGGUCAGAGCUUCUUCUGGAGAACUAUGCCGACGUGGCCAAGUUUAUAAACGCCAUCAAUGAAGGGGUUCAAUACUUCGAGGCACACCAUGACGAGGCCGUGACAUACAUUCACACCAACUUGGACUAUUCUAAGGAAGAUGCCACCGAAUGGAUGAAGACCGUUACUUUCAACAACAAGAUCGGAACUGCUCCGCUCGAUUGGUCUGCUGUGGUCACCAAGACUGCUGAUGUGUUGAAGACCGCAGGUGUUCUCAAGGACGACGAGGCAACCAUCAACGGACGUUUAGGGUCCGGAAUUCUCAAGCAAGUAUAAGUAUCUAGACGAUAUAUUCAUCCAAU